UAACCCGCAGUUCUUUGCCUGUAUUUUUGUUCCGCCUUCGUCCCCGACUCCGGCGGCCAAGAACCCCGCGCCCUCCUCGCCGCCGCAUUUCUUGACCGGCCGCCGGCAAUGCCCGCCGCGUGUACCGCUCCGGGGAUGAGACGGGCCCCGCCUUGGGUUGCGCGCGUGUCUUGUCGUGGUCAAGAAGGGUUAGGCAGGCGACGAAUUCGCCCGGGGCUCGAGAAGCCUUGGCGUGCCGGAUCCAUGUGGAAAAUUAUCUUAACUUGCUCGAGUAGAAGACUUACUACUGACUGACUUUCUCGUUGGGUUUGGUCCGGUUCGGCCCGCCUUUUCCCCGCCCCCUUCUCUUUUCAACAAAAGUUCGGCACUGUUGUGGGAUGCUCCGCGCAAUCAUGCUGCUGCCCGGCGCUGGGUCCCGAGACGGAGAAAGGGAGAUGGUUUUUUUUUUACUGCUGGUAUCAUGCUUAGAUUAUUAUUGUUUUCACCUUUGAUCUUUGACGAGCCCAAAGCCAAAGGUAGCCGGGCAUGGAUGCCUCCACUAGCGGCUGUUGCAUGGUGCAAUCAUUUGCUGGGGGGAAGGGAAGGGAAGGGAAUCGAAAUCAUUCGCCGCUCCGAGGGUUGGUUUUGGAUCGUGCGCGCGUGCGUGCGUGCAUGCCAUCGCCUUGUGCUUGGUGAAUCAAGGCCCCAUCAUCGCCUUGUUCCUCGGAUCGAAUCAUUGACAGAUUCCCCGUCCGAUUUUUUAGAUUCUAUAUAGACUAUGAGCGUGGAGGAGCUGAAGCAGAGCUUGCUGGCGGCCACCAUGGAGCUGGAGGUGUCCAAGGAGGAGCUGCGGAGGAAGGAGCAGAGCAUCGCCAAGCUCGCCGACCUCGUGCGCCAGGUGGCCAAGGAGCGCGACGAGGCGAGGGACCAGGUGCAGCAGCUGCUCCUCGCCUCGGCCAAGCAGGCCGCGCCGCCGGUGCACCAGCCUGCGCCCGCGCUCGGCACGUCGAGCGUCACCGACUCGGACUGCAGCCUCGUGUCGUCCCCCGUGGACCCCUUCUUCGACCCCGUCACCUCCUCCGACCGGCGCCGCUGCGGCGGCGGCGGCAAGCUUGGCGCCGCCAGCCCGCCCCCGCCGGCCAAGCAGCAGCAGCAGCAGAUGUGCGGCGCCGACGCCGUGCUCGAGAUGCUCGCCGCCAAGAAGCCGCUGCCGCCGAGGGGCCGGCUGCUGCAGUCCGUCAUGGAGGCGGGGCCCCUGCUGCAGAACCUGCUCGUCGCCGGGCCGCUCCCGCGCUGGCGCAACCCGCCGCCCGUGCACGCCCUCGACACGCUCCCGGUCGGCGGCGGCGGAGUCUACAUGAACACGACGCCACUCCACGCCGCCAACGCCGGCGCGGCGCUCGGCUACGGCCCCAACGGCAACAACGCAUGCAUGAAGCGGCCGAUGGCGGCGAUGCCCGCCAUGCCCAUGGCCGCCACGAGCUGCUCGCCGGGCUUCGCCCCCAAGCGGCACCGGCUGCAUUGACAGACCAGCGCCCGCGCCUCGUCGUCCACCAGCGACCACCGACCCCUCGCCGCCGGCCCGGCGGUUGGCUGCCAUGUCACACCUGUCAGUGACACGGUAGCGCUAGUUGCUGACUGCAUUAUAGUAGUGUCAUAGAAGCAGAGUAUAGUAGCAGAGUUCAUCAGUGCUUAAUCCUGGUGUAAAUACGAAGGUUAAUCUCACUUUUUUCCCCACUUCUUCUUGCUUCCAUUUCUAAAAUUUUCGUCUGGUGCUUGUGAGAGUCUUAGUGAGAGAGAGAGAUUGUUCAUAUCUUUGCAUGCAUGGUAGCCAAAUUGCCAGUAGUCCUUUUGUUUUGUGCUGAGAACUCUAGGUUGCACUGACUUCAGGCAUGCCCUUGGCUUGAGUCAAUUUACAUUUAUCCUGCCUAUAGUUUGUAGCUUGGUUUUGGUAUAUGAUUUUCCCCCACAGAUUAA